AUGUAUAUAAGUCCGCGUACAGACAGCAAGCUCUGGUCACGCCCGACGUCCAUAUCUAUCCAUCUCCUUUCCUUUCUCUUAUUUGCCUUUUCUUCUUCUUUCUCACCACACACAUUUCCUUCAUCCGUCUCCCUCCAUCCGCUUGUCGCAGUCAUGGUUGACGGCGCCGACUCGCCGGGAGCUCUGCCGAUAGCUCUGCCCCUUCUGCAAGUGCCGCCAGAGAUCCUGGAUCGAAUCACCUGGCAUCUCCAGACGACAGAGCUCUGCAACUUUCGCCUCACCUGCAAGUCUGCCGAGCGAGCCGUUCAUUUCAGAUUCACCUCGGAAUUCUUCACGCGCAAGCAGUUCAUGGUCUCCGAGUUCAGCCUCAGGGCCCUCGUUGACAUCUCCAAAAGCCGCUUCGCUGCAUAUCUACGCCAUGUGCACAUCAGCCUCGAUCAAGUCGAGGAGCUGGCCAGCUCUCACGUAGAUAUGUCGUCAAGGACUAGCAGACUGCACCAGCAACGCUUGGUCGAGCAGAGCACUCUGUGGACGCUGGGACUCGUUCCCAAAUAUCUCGCCGAUGCCUUCUCUCGUCUGCCGAAUCUGGAGACGGUUGCACUCCGCGACUUCAACUCAACAAGGAGAUCUCGAGAUGGCCCUCACGCGCAAUGGCGCAGCUAUGGCUUCCAAACGCUUGUUGACGAGACUGGUGCCUUUCCUGUCACCUCCCGGUUUUUCAACCGGAGCGGUUCGUCCCUUCUUGACAGAGCCAACAUCUUCUUCAAGGCCAUCAUCCACGGCCUGGGCCUGGCGAAUGUGAGGCUGAAAAAUCUUGAAGUCAUGGAGAGGAACUUCAACUUGCUGUUGGACUCUGCUUUCUACUUGCACCCAGAUUUCGAAGCCGCCUACGCCGCUGUGCUUGGAAAUCUCAAAAAGCUGCAUCUUUGCAUCGAUGUUUUUUGGGCUACUUCCUUCCAUGUUACACAGCCGUAUCACCAGGAAAAUCUCAUCAAAUUUCUGAGUCAUUGCCAAGGCCUGGAAGAACUCCGCAUUAACGGGAAACGCGACAGUCACGGCAAAGGCAGCCGUAUGAACCUCCAUCUGUUCAUGAGCUGGCUCGCAGCAUCAGAAGCGAAGCCUCUAUCGCAGCUCCAAUCAGCCGACAUAUUGAUAGAUAGCGAAGAUGCCCCCCCUCCAGUCGAAUUUCCGCAGUUGGGCAACCUCAGCCUAGGAAUGAUGGCUCUUACUGUCGAAGAGACCGUUCAUCUUAUCACCAAGUUUGCCGGCUCACUUCAGCACCUGGAAUUAUGGAGAUUUCAGUUGAUAGCUGACUCAGACACUGAUGUUGACGCGGAAGAGAAGAAGCAGAACUUAUUUGUCAGCCUUUUGAAGAGGCUUUUGGCUGUACCAAACCUCAAUCUCCGACAUAUCAAAUUGGGCAUGCUCCAACAGAUGCUGAAUGUCAGCGGCAGGUACAACAAUAAGAUGCAAGCCGUAGAGUUUACCAAAGACAAGCCGGCCAGCACGGAUGACGAGAAAGAUGCAGCCGCGCCAGUUGCUCAGCAUAGUAUACGAAAGCCAACAAACAGUAACUUCAUGGAGUAUACGGGCUCAGACUGGAGGCACUUUGUGCGCCACGAAAUGAUACCUCGACUGCACAUCCCUGAUGAAUCUGAGAUGUAUAUAGUGGAUCGAAAUAGCUCUGACGAAGAAUCAGAAGACGUUAGUGAAGAUGAAAAUGACGAAGACGAAGAAAUGGAUGAGUAA